ACGUGGCGUCCUCCCAGCCUCCGUUCGUCCCAUGGUUAAAGCACAAAAAGAGCAAGACGCCAGAGAGGAGCAAGAACUCAAGGAGCAACAGGAAAAUGGAAUGCUGGCCCCACUAGAUGAACUGAAUGCCGAGAUUCAGCAGGAAAAUAAUGGUCCCGCAACGGCGGAGAAAAAAGCGGCGCCGAGUCUUGUGCCGGAUUUGGUCGGAAAGGAUAGAUACGAUAAGGCUUCAAAAUGUUUCUCCUACGUCCCGUCAAAAGCCCUAAAAGAAGCCUUUUCCCAGCCAAAGAAACCGACACCAAAGAGAGUAUUCGACACCAGCAAGGAAAACCUUGAUGUUCCGCAAGACCGCGACGCGUGGCGGCAACGGAACUGCCGCAGCGUGACGUCAGCUCCAGAACGGGAAGAUCCAGAUGUGACGAGGAGGAGAACACAGGAGAGGAUGCUGUUAGAGGAGCUGAAAAACGCGAACGACUCGCCACGGCCAGCCGGACGCGAUUAUAAUGAAGUGGCUGCCCCACGAGAUCCGCUAGAGGCCUAUAGACGCGAGGAAGAACGGCUUAGGAAUACUUCAUCACCAUUUGACGAUUUGCCCAAGAGGAUGGGAAGAGGAGUCCGCGGCAAACCCCCGACCCCUCCACCCCGUGAAAGGAGUCGUUCUCCUCCUCAGAGUCGUGUCAACACCCCAGGCUUGGAGCAACACUACCGCCAACCCCACCAAAACGGCUACACCUCGGCGAAGGAGACGAACAUUGACGACGAUUUUGGCGAUUUUGCGCAUCUCGGGAAUAUCGUUAAGAACGAGAACGCCUCCCCUGCUCCAACCCAUCGACACGUUAACCACCAUCAACAUCAACAACAAUACGAGACGCCACAGGGACAGAGAAAACAAUCCUCCGAAUACGCGAGACCAUCGACCGUCGAUCCAUCGGCUUGGGCUAAAGGAAGAGAGACACCAUCCGGUAGAUAUCCGGACAACCGUUACGCCGAGUACGGUUCGUUGUCGCGUGCACAGACUCCCUCGGGACAGUUCUACUCCGGACAGGAACGUGUCGCCGCCGCGAUCGUCCGUGCCGAGACUCCAUCCCGUCAGUACUACGGUACCCAGGAAAGAGCCCAAUCUGUCGGUGGAAGGGCCGAGACCCCGAAUUUCCCCCUUCGCGGCGAGACCCCGCUACCGUACCAUCCAUUGCUGUAUAGCCAGGGUACCGCCAGUCGACCGGAUUUGUCGCGCAACAGAUCGGAGCCGGACGGUCAGACGAUGAAUCAUAGGUCAGCCUCCCCGCGCUCGAACUACUACAGCCAAUCCCUCAGCCGGCGAUCGUCUCUCAAUUCCGUCGUUUGCUGGAUUCUCCGUGUCUGU